AUGAAUGCCUGCGCUCUGAACUCAAUGGAGAUGAAGGCGAAGCCGGCGAGGGGCGGGAAGCGGAGCAGGGCGAGCGGCGGCACGGCGGUGGUGCUGCUGGAGAAGAAGGAGUCCGAGAAGGAGAGGAGGAAGCGCAUGAAGGGGCUCUGCGAGAAGCUCGCAUCCCUCAUCCCAAGAGAACACUGCUGCUCCAGCACUGCCAUCAUUGAUGAGGUAUGUAUACAUGGAUUUCAAAGAGAAAACACCGGAGGAAAUCAACUUCCAACGGAAAAGUGUUGGUUCUUCAUUGGGGGUGACCAUCAUCAAUCUAUUGAUAAGGAUACAAUGACCCAGCUAGGCAGCCUGGAUGUUGGGGCGUCAUACAUCAAGAAGCUGAAGGAGAGGGUCGAUGAGCUACAACGUAGGAGGAGCUCCGUGCAGGCCUUCGACACAUUAAAAGGAGAUACUAGUAUCCCAACGCCCACUACCACGACUACCACAAGCAGUGGUCCUGGGUCGCCAGAAGAAGAGAAAGCUUGGGAGGCAUCGGAACCGGUAUUGCAGGUGCGGCAACACGACGAUUCAAGCAUGGAGGUGAGACUAAUAUGCUGCAUGGAGAGGCCGAUCAAGCUCCAUGAGGUAAUCACCAUCCAUGAGGAAGAAGGUGCUGAGAUCAUCAACGCCAAUCACUCGGUUGCUGGCCACAAAAUGUUCUACACUAUACACUCUCGGGCCUUCAGCUCGAGAAUUGGCAUAGAUGUUUCAAGGGUUUCUGAACGACUGGGAGCAUUGAGCCGACUCUUUUCGCACGAAAAGCAGGCACCAUCGUGCAUGCGCAGCAUUGAGGUCCCCAAGUACACUGAUGGGACCAACCUAACUCCUCCCAAGGAGCUCAUCAGCAACAACGAUAUAGGUGGAACUAAUAAGGUACCCAACCCCGAGUGUGAGUAUUGGGCUGAGCAAGAUCAAUUGAUGUGGAGUUCCCUUCUUGUGUCAAUAUCAACAGAGUUAAUCGAGUAG